CUUUCCUGCUCGAUCGCUCAGCCGUUGGGCUCUCCCGGGCCGUCUCUUCGCGGCUGACAGGAUUGCUUCCUGACGAGCUCCUAGUCCUAACCCGUCACUCCCCGGAAUGAGCCUGUUUCUCCAUCAGCAGUUUCCCGCCUCUGGCCCCGCUUGUAACAGGGGGAAAUUCGGGGAAGCGGGCCCUCGAAGAGGUGUUUGUUUCUCAUGAAACUUAGUCAUGAAACUGUGACCAUUGAACUGAAGAAUGGGACCCAGGUACAUGGAACUAUCACAGGAGUGGAUGUCAGCAUGAAUACACAUCUUAAAGCUGUAAAGAUGACUUUGAAGAACAGAGAACCUGUCCAGUUGGAGACUUUGAGUAUUCGAGGCAAUAAUAUUAGGUAUUUCAUUCUGCCAGACAGCUUACCCCUGGAUACUCUGCUGGUGGACGUUGAACCAAAAGUCAAAUCUAAGAAGAGGGAGGCAGUUGCAGGAAGAGGACGCGGUAGAGGACGUGGCAGAGGAAGAGGACGUGGCAGAGGAAGAGGAGGUCCAAGGCGAUAAUUUCUUUAUAGCUGCUAAAAAAAAUACAAGGCAAUUCCAGCUAUUUUUUGUACAGCUUUUCUUUAGUGACAAUUUUUAAUAAACGUGUGGGAACUGUUUUGUCAA